AAUCAUAAUAUUAUUAUUUUAUUAUUAUCACGAAUACAUUUUACGUUUUUUUUUUUUUUAUGUUUCAUAAUAAUUAUUAAUUAUUGAAUAAGUACAAUAACAUUGAUUCGAAGUUAUCACUGUGGACUAAGUACAGAAGAUCGAAGAAUGAGCCACCUACCUGCUGUCUGUGUAGUACUAGUUACGUGAUCGCGAUUAUUUGCAUAAUAAUAUCUUGAAGGUUUGGAGUAUGAAAAUUCCAACAUCUCUUCAAUCGUGCAUUUUCGUUCUCAUGUACCUAUUAUUUUGAUUGAAACCUGAGUGGUACACCAUACCAUCUCGCCAACCACAGCAGCUCGUUUAGGUGACUCUUCUUUUUUCAAAAGUUGAGAACGAUUUAAACAUCUAGCAAUAUGGAGAACAGUAACAAGAGACCAUUAGAAGAUGGAUGUCAAUAUUCGCAUACAGAAACAAAGAAACCUAAAGCAUCUCAGGUCACAUCAACAACAUCACAUCCUAAAUCAUCCAAGGAAAUUGUUGGUUUUCAAGAUUUAUCUGAUGAUGUUAUCAUGUAUUUAUUUAAAUAUCUAUCACAUGAUAAUCUUGCUAAAAUGGCACUAAUAUGUCCUAAUUUGUUAAGAAUUAGUCAUGAUUGGACUUUAUGGAAAAAACCAAGAUUUGAAAAGUUUGAAAAAUCCAUGGAAGACAUAUACUUAAGCUACCUAAAAGAAGAUACCACUGAAUUGUCUAUAUCGUGUAAUGAUGUUCCAAGUCCUGAUUAUUCAGUUUCUCACAAAUUUUUAAUACAAUUAGAAACAAAAUGCCCAGAAUUACAACAUUUAACAUUAACAAAUCAAGUCUUUGAUGCUGGUGAAAUAAGUGUAAAGAUUUUACAUCGGAAAUUAAAAAUGUUGACAAUUGAUAACACGACUAUUGAAAACAUUCCAGAUAGCUCCUCAUAUUUAUGUGGUAUAAACAAUGCUUGUCCAGAUCUAGAGAGAAUUAUAAUGACAAACAAUGAUUGGUUUUUGCCAAAUUGUUUAUAUGCAUUAGCCAAGCUAGAACGUUUGCACUACUUAAGUCUCGCAGGUUGCAAACAGUUUAAGGACUGUAUUCCAUAUGCAAGUAUUACAGCCAUAACUGGAUUUAAAUCUUUACAGACACUCGAUUUGCGUUUUACUCCAGUAAGUGAUCAUGAACUUGUAUGUUUUCAAAGAUUAACAACUUUGAAAAACGUUCUUUUGGAAAGUCCUUCUUAUAUGAAUCAUGAAAGAGAUGCAACAAUUACUGAUUUGGGUUUGGCAGGAUUCUGUACUGCUACUUUUGAAUUCCAUUAUCCAUAUAUACAAAUUUUGAUUGAUAGACGCGGUGGAGUGAACUUGAGAAGAGUUCAUGAAAGGAAUGGUAAUGUUGAUAGAUGCAGCAUUGAAACUUUAUGUGUACGUAACUAUCCCAAAGUAACUGAUGCAUUUUUGAAAACUGCUGUCAGAACUUGCCCAUAUCUGAAAUCUUUAGAUAUAACUGGCUCAUGUUGUACUUCAGAGGAAAUUGAAUAUUAUAAAGCAAACAGACCUAGUACAAAGGUAAUAUGCUAAAAAGACUGAGAAAUUAUAUAUAUGUUGACAUAUAGGGUAAUAUAUUGUUGUGUGAAGUAAGUUAAAAAGGGAAGUUAGAUAUGUUCAAUCCUUAUAUAUUUUGUGUUAUAUAAAACUCUUAUAACUAAUUCUACAGUAUAUUAAUAUUAAUAAACUAGUUUAAAAUUAAAUUAAUUUGUGAAGAUAAAUAAUUUAUUAUUUAUAUUUGUUAUCUUAUUCCUUAUAACUCAUGAAAAGAGUUUAAACUUAAAACUAAAUUAAAAUUCAGAA